CCGCCCCUCUUUCGAGAAAGUCCCCCUUGGGCUACAACUGCAUUGGUAUAUAGUUGUAUAAAAUGAGUCAUUUUAUAGCGACGCAUCGUUAAGAAGAACUAUACCAAAGCUUUUUCGCGCCCAAGGUUGCACCAUGGCGCAUUUAACAUCACAACGAGUGACAAUGGAAGUACUAAUACUAGCGGCUCUGGCGAUCGGAUGCACAGAAGCAGUAGGCGCAUCGCCGAGGAUUCCCCCAGACUGGCUUCGCGAAGCCCAUAAGAACCUUUCACGCUUCCAGGGCCGGAUGCUGGGGGACGUCAUGGCGCUGUUGCGCCGCGGCGACAUCUUCCACUGGCCGCUGGGGCUGUUCGACCCGGUGAUUAGCUGCCCGCCCGGCUCACAGCUGCUGCGCAUGGACCCGGCGGGCCCCGUGGCGCAGCCGGAGCAGGUGUACGACGGCGCCAAGUGGAUGUGCCUGCCGCUGCCGGCGCCCACGGAGCCCGGCUGCAUGGUCAUGUCGCUGGGCUCAAACAACCAGUUCGAGUUUGAGGCGGCGGCCGUGGCGUUGACCCAGUGCUCCGUCCACACCUUUGACUGCACCGUGCGCGCCGCCGCCAACGGCUCCAGCGUCAACCCGCGCCGCCACGCCUUCAGCUCGCUGUGCGUGGGCUCGGCCGAGGAUGCGGCGCGCGAGCCGGACCUGGUGGUGGACUGGGAGGGCGCGUUGAGGCGGGCGGCGGCGCAGCAGGCGCACAUGGCGCAGCAGCCGGCAGCGGGCGGAGCGGCGGCAGAAGGGGGCGGGGCCGGGGGCGGCCGGCGGGAGCUGGGCGAGCGGCGGCAGCAGCAGGCGGGAGUAGGGGGCAUCAGGACGGGGGUGUGGACAGCUGGUGCGGGCUCGGGCGGUGCGGCAGGGGGCGUGACGCACCAUGUGCCGCACGGCGUGCUCAUCGCCAAGAUCGACAUCGAGGGUUUUGAGUUCUCGCUCAUGUCGCGCUGGGGCCCGGACACGCCCGCCUUGCCCGCCUUCAUCGCCAUGGAGGUGCACAACUGGGCCUCCAGCUUCGUGCAGCCCAAGCCCGAGCGCUGGACGCUGGCCAACACGCUGGGCUUCUGGCUGCCCAGCCAGCGCGCCAAGCGGGCCGCGCGCGCCGCCAACCCGGCGGCGGGGCGGCUGUCGCUGCGGCCGCACCCCAUGGACGGCGGCGACAUGGCGCUGCUGCUGCUGCAUUUGACGCGGCUGGGUUACGGCAUUGUGAGCAGGGAGGACAACCCCGUGACGGACCGGGAGGGACACCCUUGCUGCACGGAGCUGCUGCUCUACCGCGUGCCGCCGCUGCACGCGGCAGGGGGCGCGGGAGUGGGCGUGGGGGCAGCGGGGGCGGUGGGAGCCGGGGGGACAGGCGCGCUGAGAAGACCUAGCAGCAAUGCGGUGGCGCGCCAUGGGUAGGAAGCAACGGCCCCAGAAGCUAGGCUCUUUCUGGCGUGGCAUAGGGAAUGCGUGGUGAUGGAACGUCGCAGGUUAUGGGAGGCGGCAGGUACAUAGUGGCAAAUACUUGCCUACUGCAGCUAGGCUGAGGGUGGUGUGGUUUGGAGGAGUGCAACACUGGUACCUGCGGCACGGCAACUGCUGGCACUGCAAUUGAGGGUUGGACCACUUAGAAUGACUCGGGAGCUGCGCCAGGGGGGGGGGGUAGGAACAAACUUUUUUGACCCCAUGCCACGA